AUGCAACAAGCUAAUCAAGCUUGUAGGGACAUCACAAAUGAACAAUCUUUUGAAGCGGCUAUUAAUAUUUUUGCUGAUGUACCAUGCGCCGUUUGUAAAAGAAGCCUUUAUCCUCAACAGCGUUCCAAUUUACGAGCAAAUAUGUAUAGUAUACUAUUACCUGAAGAACUGGUUGCUUUAGGUACAAUAACUACGUGCUCUCGAUGUAGCAAUAAUAUUAGGAAAAGAAAAAUUCCAACAACUGCAUAUUGGAAUAAAAUGAUGCCCGCAGAAGUACCGCCUGAAUUAGUCAAUUUGACGAGCGUUGAAGAACGAUUUUUAAGCCGCAUCGUACCGUUUUUAAAGAUUGUAAAACUUAAUAACCGGUUCAGUCAAAAUUGGUGUAAAGGGCAGGUCAUUCUAUUUGCAAAGGAUGUUGUGGAAAUUGCUGAACAGUUACCACUGACACCAAAUCAAGCUGGUUUAGUUUUGGUAGUGGAAAGUCUCGAGAACCUUUCAUGUUCUAAAGAAUUCGUCGUGGAUAUGCAAAGACUGAAUCGAGCAUUAACUUGGUUAAUUUCCAAUAACCAUCUUUACAGCGAUGUUCAGGUACAUUUUGAAACUACUUUAAAUAUUCCUCAUAUAUUACAAAUAGCUGAAAAUUCUAUUCCUGAACAGGAUGGCGUUGCUUCUGAAACUUUAUCACAACAUUAUAUCACUUUAAAUGACAACAAGGCAAUAUUACGCGGAUCAUUUAAUCAAGGUGAUUUACGAUUUAAUUUAUCUCGGGGUAAGCAAUGUACUGGGAUAGCGGCUGUUGCUUGUGCAGCAUUUAGUGUAUUAGAUCCAAACAAGUGGGCCAAAAGUGAUAUUGAUUAUAUUGUAAUUAUUGGCGAUAAAUACUAUAAUGACUGCAUCGCUGCUAGAGAUAAUCCUGCGCCCGGCGAAGUAAAUCCUGAGUACCUUGCUGUUUCAGAUCUUAGUCCAAGACUUAUAUAUAAUAGACAAAAUUUAGUGAUCACAGUACUUGAGGAAACCAAUCAUAAUGGCCACAUAGACAAUGAUAAUACUUCCGAUGGAUUUCCUAAUUUAAAAAAUGCAUUAUUAAGUUUUUUCAGAGAACACUCCAAUGGGAUACUUACAGCAAACGCCAUAUCGAUAGCAGUGCAUUGCAGAACUUUAGGUGACAAUCAAACUUACUUUUUGUUUGAUUCCCAUGCAAGGGGUCCCAAGGGGGCUUCCGCUCCCAUAAAUGGUACCGCUUGUUGCAUGCGAUUUAGUGAACUGGAUGAUUUGCAUGCUAUUUUACGUCGCAAUUUAUUUGUGUCGCCAAAAAAAGUGCCAGAAGGAAACUUUCGAGAUAAUCUUAAUGUAUUCUCGUUAACAUCAUUAGUUAUAGCUCGAGACUCCCAAAGACAAACAAUUACGCCAAUAUUGGAACAAUCGUCAAGGUUAGAGAGUCCAACAUUUACACCAAACUAUUCCCUCCAACCAAUAAUACAAACAAGUAAUAUCCUCCAAACAACAACACAAGUCAUUCAGUCUAUCCAAAAAACAGUUCCGGUAAAAUCAACCCAUUUUCAGUUGCCAUUACCAGUCCAUAACUCCUUAAGCACCAUUUAUAUCGAAUCAACAGGUAUGCUCCAAAAUAUAGACGAUAACGUACCUAAUUUAGAAAAUGUUGUUAAUAUGAAUAGCUCUUCAACCGAUGAUACAAUGAGAUUGGCCGCAAUCACAAGGAAAACUGCACCUCCCUUGAAUUUGGAACGUGAACGCCGUAUGGAGGAAUUAUGUUGGCUGCGACAAGGUCAUGGAGAGCAAACACCACAGGGACUUGUAGAUAAUAUGCAUCUCACUAUGAGAAAUAUUCGAGGAUCGGCAUCAUAUUGGCAGAAAUGUUGCUCUGAAUUGAUUGCCAUGGUUAGAACUUUAGGGCCUCCCACAUGGUUUUUAACAUUUUCCUGCAAUGAUUUAAAUUGGCCAGACAUGAUAAAAGCCUUGCUUAUCGCUGAUGGACGUGAUAUCGAUGACGUCGAUCGCCUGUCAUUCCCGGAGCGCUUGAACCUAGUGCAAAAACAUCCGGUAGUGUUAGCACGACAGUUCACAGUACGUGUUAACGCUCUCAUGCGAUUCUUAAAGAGAAAUAAAGAUUGCUUGGGUGGUCUUAUUGAAGAUUUUUGGUACCGAGUGGAGUUUCAAAACCGCGGUAGCCCACAUCUGCAUAUGUUAGUCUGGUGUAGUAAUGUUCCGAAUUUCACCACUCCAGAAGAAGUUGCUGUAAUUGAAAGGGUGGUUUCAUGUUCAUUAACUCCUAAUGACCUUGUGUUGCGCAAAUUAGUUGAGGAUUUACAGAUUCAUAAACACACUGCGACAUGCAAAAAAAAUUGCCAAACUGCUGGUUGUCGAUUUGAUUUUCCAAAGCCAGCAAGUGUUAACACCGUUUGUCUUGGACCAGAUGAAGCACUUGCUAACAAUGGACGAUUUUGUAUAUUGAAACGAACCUCAAAUGAAACCAUCGUAAACAAUUACAAUGCAGUUCUUUUAAAUCUAUGGAAGGGAAAUAUUGACGUGCAACCGUGUGGUAAUGUCACCGCUGUGGCCUACUACGUCGCAAAAUAUGCCAGUAAAUGCGAACCACAUGACACAGGUGAUGUAAUUCGAGAAGCUAUUUCGAAUGCUAAGAGACAAGGUGGUGAUGUUUGGAAACAAUUGUUUUCAAUAUCAAUGACUAUUUUAAAUAAACGCUUGGUGAGUGCGCCCGAAUGCGCUUACAGAUUAUGCCAUUUGCCAUUGAAAAUGUCGUCGCGAAAGACUGUUUUUGUGAAUAGUUGCAGGCCGGAGGAAUGUUACAGACUCCUGAGAUUUGAUAGUGAUGAAACCAGUAUUUACAAUAAUAUUUUUGAUCGUUAUGUAUUACGCCCAAACGAGCUGGAGAAUUUAAGCCUUGCGGAAUUUGCCGUCCGUUUUGAAACCGUCUCUAACACGACAUGGUCAGAGGACAAUGGGGAUGCGGAACUGAGAGACGAAGAUAUUACGCCAGAGAGGUAUAUCAGAUUGCAGGACAAUACGAGAUUGCGUGUAAGAAAUAGACCGGCAGUGUUACGUACCCGCUAUUAUACAAUUAAUAGUGACAAAGAAGCAUAUUAUUACAGUUUAUUAGUAUGCCAUAUAGCAUUUCGUAAUGAAGGCGAAUUACUUUUCGAAAAUGAAACCGCUGAAGACUGUUUUAUAAGACGAAAAGGGGAUCUUCGCCCGUUGCAGGGUGACAUCAGUUCAGAACAAAUUGGUCAUGCCGAAUUAAUUAUUCAACAAGCUGUUGCGCAAGCUACCGCGCUUAAUGCUGCGCGUGAAACCGAUAUAGGCAAUGCUUCCAUGUUAUGUGUUGGUGAAAAAAUUUUAUAUGACGAUGAUAACUUUUGUGAAGACAUGGAAGAACGAGCCGUCAUAUCAGAUGAAUUGUUCCUAGGAAGCAUUCGAGGAUUAAAUAUCCAACAGAAGGAAUUAUUUCAGAAAGUUUCAACGGCAAUCGAAAACGAUUUGCAUGGACAAGAAAGCCAGCUGUUACUUUUUAUCACGGGCGGUGCAGGCAGUGGUAAAUCAUUUCUGCUGAAAUUAAUCGUGGAGCACAUUAAGCGUUGUUACGCACCAACAGUAGAUAUACUGCUGAAGCCUAAAUUUGUGGAAGUUGGGUCGUUAACCGGGGUUGCCGCUCGUCAAAUUUUUGGCAAAACGCUACAUAGUAUUUUCUUGCUUCCGAUUGAAAAAAAAAUUCUAUGA